AUGCAAUCAGAGGAAUUUUUUAAUACAGAAGUUGUCAAAGAAGAGACAGACGUUCAGAUGAUAAAUGUAUCUGAAAUAUCAAUUGAUAAGUCUGAUGUUAUGACAAUAUCAUUGGCUUCUGACAAUGACAAUUCUGAUUCAAGUGAUGAGUUUGAAAAUAAGAGCAAAGUUGAGGUUGCCAGUGUUGAAGAUUUUGAAGACAUGAUUGCUUCCAAAAUACUUGCCUUUGUAGUUACUUCUUUGAAAAUUUAUGAAAUGUCUCAAAUAAGCCAAUUUAUGACUCUAUUUGGCAUUAUCUUUCAGGCGUUUUACUUGGUCCAAACAGGUAGAACUGCUCUGUUGAAAUUCUUCCGCUAUCUUCUUAUUGCCUUUGAUAAGAAUAUCAAUCUCCCACUUAUUAUUGAUGCCUUAAAGACUAUGACCGGCUUCAAUUUCAUGACAAAAAGCAUUGCCAAAUACAUUGUCUGCAACAAGUGCUUUGCAAUUUAUCUACCAGGCAAUCACCAACCAAAUUGCACAUUCAAAAAAUACAUCACCACAUUAUCAACAUACUGCGGAAAUCCUCUUUUCUCUGAUACCAAAGCUGAUUGCCCCAUCCCUCUCAUGGUUUUCCCAUACAAUUCACUCAAGAAUGCAUUGGCGCAGCAUUUUGCCAAACCUGGAAAAUGUAUGCUAAGUAAUCUUUAUCACAAUGAGUCAUCUUCCAUGAGUAUUGUUCUUAUGGAAAGAUCCGGAAAGAACAAUUGA